GGUGCGGAUUCCCGCUUCUAGACGGGGAUCGACUCGGAGACCCAGCAAACGAUGUCCACGUUAACUGAUUAUGACACUACCACCAACCAGAACAUCAUUGCUGGACUAACCAAUGUACCAAAGCAAUGUAUGGUCGUGGACGGAUCGAGAAUGUUUGCUGGUAAUCCGGGUCUCCCCUACACAUCUUCGUACGGGUCUGGCCAGUUUGAGGCCUCUCUUUUUGAACAAGCAGUGCAGUAUGCUGCCGCAACGGCUGCAACCCAAAAUUCUCUACGUUCCACUCUACCUUCGAUAUAUAGUCCUUCACCAAGUGGUAACAACAAUACGAGGACUACGCAUGAAACGGCAGUGGCUUCUCAUCUCGAUGAAAGUUACCUGUUAGAUGAUGAUGAGGAUAGCAGCAUUCUCAGCAAUCUACCAAACUCGUGUCACGAUUUUGAGCUCAAAGAACUGCACAUACGCCUUGAGCGCAAUCAUUCGAGUCCUUUGAUUGGAGGUCAUAGCUCUCCUGCAGUAUCAAGUCUGUUGUCGAGCAACUGUCCCUCUACUGAACCGCCUGCUGAACUUGCAGAGCCGGAAGAUCUUGAGGUUCAAUUGAUCAAUGAAUGUUUCGAGGAGCAACAGAGGCAGAAUCAGAUGUAUCAGAGCGGCGAUUUGAAAACUCUGUUCUAUCACGGAACUUCUGAAUUCGAAUCAUCAAAGGGUGCGAACCAAUCUGAUACAGAGAAAAGCGUACAAUCAUCAUUGGAGCGUCCAGUAAGGCUUCCGUACGCAGAGAAGCUCAGUUCUCACGAUCCACUAGUGGGCGAUAUAGCACAACCCGAGUGCAGUCCUACUGCUCAACCCUUCCCGCUGCUCACUGAAACUUUCCAACCACUGCUUACACCAAAGUCGGAAGCACUGAUUAGAAGAAGGGCAGGAAGGGAUUUGAAAACGUCAUCUAACCGUCGACGAGUGUCGGAACCACUGACGCAGAAUCCUUCAUCACUUUGGAAGGGUCUGACUGCUGAACGGGAUCCUUUUAAUCCUGGAGAGUUGUUCGAGCCUGCUGGAAUUAGGCGCGAAAAUUUCGUUGGCGGAGGUGCUCAGUUCAUCAGUUUCGAUCAGUGCUUUCGCGCUACGACGCCCGAAAGUAUCAGCAACGAUCCAGUUUCUUGUGAAAGUGACGCAGAGAUUUUAUCGAAAGAAGUUAUUGAAAGUUUGUUUUCCGGGAUUGCUUUGACACCUCCUGGAACUGAUCCCAAAGAUCGUUCUUCCACAUUUUGGAAGCCAGAGCAAAGUAAAGCAGCUCGAUCUUUGUAUAUGGAUCAGUGGAACACCCCCGAAUACUCUCCAAAGCAUCUCCCAUCGACACUUGGAGUCGAAAAUGUGGCUUCAAAAGGUGAUGGAUUUGAGAAAGCUGUCCCAGUCUCGGAUGCGCCGACGCAGUCGACGUCGUAUUCCAGUGCACCAGAUCUACCCAAAGAUCUUUGUGGGGAUGCCGCAGAAUUUAGCGACAGCGAUGAAAAGGAUUCUUGGGAGAACCUUGAUGAUACGAAAUUGGAGCAGCAGGUAAAAGCGUUAAAGCUGGAAGUCGCUGCCAAAGCUGGGAAACCUCGUAUCAACUAUUUCGCCCCUCCUAUUGUUACUCACUCUCCGUCGUGGGAUCCUUCGUUUUUGGGUCAUGUCUUGGAAGCUUAUGACAUUCCCGAAUAUAAAUUGGCCGAAGACGUAACUAAUGCUUUGGCAUCGACCGAUUGGGGCAAUGCCGUCGUAAAAUGGUUAGAGCGGAAAAUGGUUUUCGUCGUUUUUGCCAGUGAACGACAAGCCAAAGACGCUCUGGUCCUUCACAAACACCAAUGGCUGCGCCUUCGGCCGCUCGCAAAGUCUCCGGCACAUGUUCAAGAAAAAGCCAAAGAGAUUCAGGCGCAGCUGAGACCUGCUAGGGCUCGUCCGAAAACUAACGCAGUCGUUGCGCGUCGCAUGGUGGAACACACUCUCGGGUUACGUUCUUCUAUAUCAAAGGAACAGCGCGAGGCAGAAAGAAAGCAGCUGUCAGAUGCAAGAGCAGCAAAGAAGAAUUCGGGCCACUGGGACGACUAAAUGAACAUUAUCUGGACUUUUUAUGGAGAUUCGACUGUUUACUCCUCCCUGCUAAGAUAACUUUUUGAAAAAAAAAAGACAAAACACGAAAUUGGGGAAAUUGACUUGUUUAUUGUGUGGCUAUGAGCUACCCAAGAAGAAUAAAAAUAAAAUUAAGAUUUUGGAUUUCGCAAAACUUUUGAUGAGCGGUACGACUGAUAGUAUCAAACUUGCGUUCUAGCGAUCUUGCUGUUCGUUCUACAAACGGCAAUGCGCGCUUCUGUGCUCACCAUUUUAGCUCAAGUUUUCGUUUUAAUCCUCUUCAUCUUUACACAAUUUUCGCUGUUGUCGAUCUGAGUCGGCUUACUUUUGAGUGCACAGCUCUUUUGCUGUUGCAAUUGCCCAUCCAUUCACCGGGCUUCUUUUCUUUUUCGCACUCACAUUGCUUAUCUGUAUGGCGGUCAGCUGAUGACAAUUAUUCUCCCACGGAUUCCAGCUGACCGCAUCUUUUAGGGGUCACCCAUUUUGGGCCGUGCUGGUUCAAGUAAGGUUUAUGAAGAAGAGUUUAUAGCUUAUUACUGAGAUUCCCCUAGCCGCUUUUGAAUAAUGGUCUACUUUUGUAUGCCAUUUUUGUUAUGGGAUUGCAGUAAAAGCCCAAAAACUCCUAUACUUUUCGAUUUCUAUGUUAGACAAAGUUGUUCGACAUUUCAGAGUCUCUUGUUCAUUUCUAUCCUUUCUUUUGUUGUGCGAUAUGUCGAACCUAUAGGUCCUUUUUCUAGAUUUUUUUUGUCUGAAAGUUCCCCUCUCUCUAUCCGUUGUUGAGUAUUGUUUUAUGAAAUGGACCGUACCCGUGGAAAUGUCAUUAUAUAAGAAUGUACCCAUUCAGACUUCCCAUUUAUAUGUCAUCCAUAGGUGGACAUUAAGACAUCGCGUUGUAAAGACUUCAACUCUAUUUCAAUGUCGAUUCUCUCUCCAGAAACCAAUAAAUGUUGAAGUA